UUUAAAAUACAUUUUACAUUACAUGUCAGAAAACAUAAAAAAUAUUUAUAUGACAAAAUAAACAUUGCUUUUCGCUUAAAUUGGAGGUUCAAACUACCAAGACGCAGGUGGGUGGCAUAUUUAACACUGAAUUUAAGCGAAAAUUAAUGUUUAUUUGUCAUCUAAAUAUUUUUUUUGUGUUCUGACAGCAGUACAAUGUAUUUUGAAUUAACUAAAUUACAUACAGUCUUCUUUUGUGUGAAUUUAAAAAUUAUGGAAAAUUAUUUUAAAUAUAAAGAUAAUUAAAUACCCUUUCAAAUAAGCUGUCACACUAACCUUAUUCUCAUUUAAAAAAGUUAUCGAUUACGUAAUCACGCCCAGAUGGAUGACGUCACUAUAUAUACCAAAAAAUUAUAAUUCAAAAAUAAAAAUCGACCUAUAUUGGGAUUUCUCUUCAAAAUUGCCCAUUCUGGGAAAAUGAAUUUAUUCCAUAAUUUUGCCCCUCUCUAUAUAUACGAUGAUGCAAAAAGCAUCAUAUUUUUCUCUAUAUUGGUUUAAACAAGUGCAUUGUGAUUAGCAUGUUGGAUGAAUAGUUUAAGAAUAUCAACUACAUAUAAGUAAAAAUAGUACUUAUUUACAUGACAAGGAUUUUAUGUUGCUUUUAGAAUGGACAGGAAAUCUAAAAUUUUAGUAAAUGCACUUAAAAAGUCCGAUAGAAUUAUAUUGGACUUUUUAAAAAUUCCUGCAUACGAAACUACUAAAGGAACAACUGCAGACGAGAGAAAUAGUUUCCUGAAUGCCAUGGUAAACUUUACAACCGAACAUCUGGAUAAUUAUAAAACCAAUAUUACACCUAUUUCCAAAAUGCAAGUUGAUGAAAUAUCGUCAACAGAGAAAGUGUAUAAUACAAGAGUUUAAGCCAAUAAAGCAAAAAAGGAUAUUUGUUCUAAUGACAACAAUUAUACUGAAGAUGUAGAUCAUGUUGAUAAAGUAUCAUCAACUCUUAACGAACAUAACGCUAGCGAACAUAAUAUUAGCAGUGAUGAAGAAUACAUUCCAGAAUCAGGAGAUGAGUCUAAAGAUUCUACUUCAGAUUUUGAAGUUUUUGAAAAACGUGAAACAGAAGCACUUCCCGUUCAAGUAUCGAACAAAAAAAAUAAACGGGUUUGGACCAAGAAAGAUCAUUGUUUUUAUUGCUAUACUGAUGUAUCUAAAUUCUCCAGACACAUUAUAAGACACCAUGAAUGCGAAAUAAAGGUACAAGAGAUCCUGUCAUUACCAGUGGGACAUAAAAGACGGAAAUAUCUUUUUAAUAAAUUAAGAAAUGAAGGAAAUUUUUUAAAAAGUAUAACUAAAGAAGAUGUUGUACCUAUACGAAAACCGGUAGCAGAAAAUUCAGAUCAACCAACAACAUCGACAUAUCUACCAUGUAAAUAUUGUAAGGGAUUUUAUAAGAAACGAGCUCUUUAUAGACAUAUAAAGAAGUGUGUUCACAAUGAUGAGAGUCAUAAGUAUGGCAGAACUCUUGCACAAGCUGAGGGACAGACUUUACUUUCGUCCUAUCGCUUUAAUGAUUUAUUAAGAAAAGAAAUAUUUCCAAGAAUGCGAGCCGAUAAUAUUUCUUUUAUUGCUAAAACAGAUCAACUUAUAUGUGCUGUGGCAGCUAGGUAUUUAAAAAGCCAAGGGAUAAACAAUUUCGCGUUGUUGCUUCACGCAAAAUGCGGCAAUUGGGUUCUUUACUGAUCGAAAUUAAGAAAAAAAUUAAAGUUAAAUCUUUGCAAGAAGUGCUAGAUCCUAUUUACUUUGACAUCAUAGUAGAAAGUACAAAGCAGAUAUCUAAAUUUGAUCCUAGAUCAGAAACGUACGGUGCACCGUCAUUAGCGUCCAAUAUGGGAACACUUUUAAAGGAAUGUCUUGAUGUCGCAUAUAAUAUGCAACUUAAAACAUGUGCAAUAGAAACGGAUGCUAUGAAAAAACUUAAAGCGUUUAAAGAUCUCAUUACUAGCGAAUGGCAAUAUGAAAUAUCAACUAUAGCUAACUCCUAUUUGAGCCAGAAGAAAUGGAAUAAGCCAUCUCUCGUACCUCUGGCAGAAGAUUUAACUUUACUGAGGUCAUAUUUACUGACUGAAGCCGAAAAAUGUCGAAAUACUUUAAAUGACAAUCCAGAGGACUUAAAAGCAUUUAAGACUCUUCAAGAAAUAUCUUAUAUCCAAUUACUUCUGCUAAAUAGAAGAAGAGCAGGGGAACUGCAGAGAAUCACUGUAAAAACCUAUACAACAAACAUAAAUAAUACCAGUUCAAGUGAAUUUGACGAUUGUAUAAGUGAAAGUGAGAAAAUUCUUAUAAAAUCAUUUAAACGAGUAGUUAUUAAAGGAAAAAGGGGUCGAGGUGUCCCUGUCCUUUUUACAGACGAAAUGGUAAAAAAUACUGAUAUAUUGUUGAAAUUUCGAAGAUAUUUUAUUGCAGAAAGUAAUAUAUAUUUAUUUGCUAGUACUACAUCUUCUAGUAGCAUAAGUGGAACAAAAGCGAUGAAUAAACGUGUGCGAAUUGCUGGUGUAAAGAAUGCAGCUGCAUUAACAUCCACGAAACUUAGAAAGCAUUUGGCGACAAUGUCGCAAGUCAUUAACCUUACCGAACAGGACUUAGAACAGUUGGCCAUUUUUAUGGGCCACACAUCUGAUAUCCAUAAAACUUAUUAUAGACUUCCAAAUGAUGUUUAUCAAAUGGCUAAAGUAUCCAAAUUGCUUCUUCUAAAUGAGACUGGAGAAGCGUCAAAGUUUAAAGGGAAACGUUUGGAUGAAAUCAAUAUAAACUUAGAUCCUGUUAAAGAUGAAUCAAAUGAUGAAAUAGAAGAAUCACACGAAAUAAUGAGCGACAGGCUUACAGCAACUAAAUAUGAUGGCCAAGUGAAAGAAAAAGACAAUAUUAUAAAUCCAAUCAAAGUAACUCAAAAGAAAAAACGAAUUUUGGAACCUUGGAACAAUUUGCAGAAAGAAAAAGCUCUAACGUAUUUUAGGAAUCAUGUUCAACAGGAAAUUGCUCCAAAAAAAAUGAAUGUUUGA